AUGAUGAUACAGAAUGCUCAGAUGCACCAAGUCAUAAUGAACAACUUGGCCAUGUCAGCAGUGGCACACUUUGAAAACAGCCCGGCCCAGUCUCUGGCACAGGUGUCCCACAUCCCUUGGCAGAUAGAAGAAGAGGAAGAGGAUGACCCAGCCCCCCUUGUGUUCCACCAUCAUUAUGCCCCCUACCCAAGCAUUAUUCCGUUCAUGGGAUGGCAGUCUCCAUCUCAGGUUCAGCAACAACCUGCCAUUCGCCAUGUAGGCCCAGACCCUCAGGUGGCAGGGAGGCAAGACAGGGAACCAGUCCCUCCACCCCCACCACCAAGCGCCACUGGAACUGUGAUGGCCGAUGUCCCACCAGCUUCAGGAUUCUUUGCUUCAUGAUGCGGCAAAUGAAAUAUUUCCUUGGCAUCAAGAUCACAGCUCAAGGCUCCGAGAAUCUGAAUACGAAGGGGCCGUAUAUGGUUGUUGCCAACCAUCAGUCCGUUCUUGAUAUUCUGGUGAUAGCGGAGUUAUGUCCCGACCACUGUGUGGUACUUGCCAAAAAGGAGUUGAUGUACAUGGGCCUACUGGGCCUCACCCUGUGGAUUUCCAAAUUCAUUUUUAUCGAUCGCAAUAAUAAGCGCUCAGCCAGAGACACUAUGGAUCACAUCACACGGACCCUGCUGCAGCAGAACCUGAGGGUCUGGGUUUACCCAGAAGGCACCAGGAACCGGAUGGCCACCAUGCUUCCCUUCAAGCGAGGAGUCUUCAGUGUGGCUGUGAAGGCUCAGAUCCCCAUAAUCCCUGUUGUGACCUCCUAUUAUCAACAACCCCCCAACCUCAAAGAUGGCCAGAGGCCUUUUUUUUGUAGAGAUAAGUGGACCAUCCAGAUUUUGCCCAAGAUAGAAACACGAGGCCUUGGCCCAGAAGAUGUUCCUGCACUUGCUGACAGCACACAGAAACUGAUGCUGGAUACUUUCAAUGAGAUCAAUGGGCAUAUAGUUUUAGAGAAAGAGACCAGAGAGUGAGUGCCUCCUUAUCAUGGAAGCCUGGGAGGACCCACCAACCAGGGAGCUAGAC